AUGCGCCACUUCCUUUGCUUUUCGCUGGCUACACUUCUGCUUCAUCCUACACAUGGUCAGAUCAAUAACCAACAUCUAUUAACUGAUGACGUUAGGAUCCAGGAGGACACCAAGUCCCUACCAUUCGCCAUCUCUAAGCCUUUUUGCGUACAUGAUAAGGCAAGGCUCACUCGCGGGUUUGAAGCCGCCACGUUGAUGGCUCGUUUUGCACUUGACUGGAUAGACACGAAGCCCACUAAGGUAUUCGAAAAGUACUUCGAACUCGGUGACAAAGCAAAGGUCAAGGCUGUCUUUGAAUCCAUCAUUGGGGAUCGAAACACCUAUCUCUCAGGCAAUGGCAGGCUUAAAAAUGUCCAUUUCACAUAUUUGGAUAUUUACGGCGACUGCGACUCUAAAACCAACCCUCAGCCUGGGUCCAUACUCAUGUACACUUCCAGGUGGGACACCGAGGUAGAGAAACCGAGCUUCAUUGUUGUGUGCCCCCAGCUGUGGGCAAUCCCUUUUCCCGACAUGAAUGACAUCAAGUGUGAGCAAGUUUGCACCGCUCAGUCGUGCACUUUGUCAUAUCGGAUGAGGAGUAUAGGCGAGUUCGUUCUUCAUGAACUCAUCCACCUAACGUCUAUGAUCGAUCCCAUACCAAGCGGAUGGCCCAAAGACGAAUGGAUUCUCGACCAGAAAAUGAAGAACCCAGACGGCCACGACCCUGCCGAAGUUUACAUCUAUGGCACUUAUCACGCCCAGAAGGCCGUCAAGAGUAAGGACAAGAAGGAAGUGAAAAGGGCGUUCUAUAACGCAGAUAAUUAUGCCAUGUUUGCAAGGGAAGCGUACUUCAGGGGGCGUUGCUCCAAACAGGACUUUAAGGAUCCUACCGCCUUUGAGCCAGACCCUCGUGUAUCGAAACCGAAGAAGAUUGGCGCACUGUCGGUCGAGUGGCUUUGA